GAGCACUGGUUGCCGGUCUCGGCUGGCUUCAUCAUCUGAAUGCAAACACAUGGAACUUUUUCCGCUGCCAUCCCCACUUCUUUCACGCCUCUCCUCGACCCCUUCCUCCGACACUCCUCCUCCAUCCGGACCAGAUCACAGGCCCAGCAGCUCCAUGCCCUCCUCCUCAAGUCCCACCCUCGUCCCUUCCCCCUCGUCUUCUCCCUCUACUCCGCCCUCGGCCUCGUCCGCGACGCCCGCCUUGCCUUCACCGCCGCACCCACCCCGUCCCCGCCCUGCUACGCGGCCGUCAUCCGCUGCUCCGCUGCCCGCGGCCUCUUCGACCACUCCGUCUCUGCCUUCGUCCGCAUGCGGUCUUUUAGCUCCCCUCUGGCCGACGCCGUCCUCCCCUCCGUCCUCAAGUCCUGCGCCGCCCUCAGGGAUCCCCACCUUGGGAUAGCCGUUCAUGGUUUCUUGAUCCGCUCGGGUUGGGGUGCCGAUCUCUUCACCGCCAAUGCCCUCAUGAACAUGUACUGUAAGUUGUGUCAUGCCAAGGACGACGGCCGCCGGAAUUCACCUGCUGAGGUGUCCAGCGGACGCGCCGUCGGUGGCGAUUCGAGAGAGUCGGGUUUUUCUCAUGCCAGCCAGAUUCGAAUGGGUCCUUUGGGGAGCGUAAGGAAGGUGUUCGACGAGAUGCCUCAACGAGAUGUCGUCUCGUGGAAUACUUUGAUUGCAGGGACUGCAGAGAAUGGUAUGCAUGUAGAAGCUUUAGAGAUGAUCAAGGAGAUGGGCGUAGCUGGUCUGAAGCCUGACUCAUUUACUUUGUCGAGCGUUCUCCCGAUCUUUGCUGAAUAUGUUGAUGGUUACAAGGGAAUGGAGAUUCAUGGGUUUGCGAUAAGGCAUGCAUUCGAUACAGAUGUGUUCAUUGGGAGCAGCUUGAUUGAUAUGUAUGCCAAUUGCACUAAUGUGGAUUACUCGCGCCGAGUAUUUGAUCUUUUACCAAACCCUGAUCCAAUUUCGUGGAAUUCUAUCAUUGCGGGUUUGGUGCAAAACGGCAUGUUUGAUGAGGGGCUCAAGUUGUUUAGGGAGAUGUUACUUUGUCGGAUAAAGCCUAUGCCUGUGACUUUUUCUGGCAUCAUGCCUGCUUGCGCUCAUCUGACAACACUGCGUCUUGGGAUGCAGCUCCAUGGGUAUGUCGUCAGAGGUGGGUUUGCAGGGAAUGUUUUUGUAGCCAGUUCACUUGUUGAUAUGUAUGCGAAAUGUGGAAAUGUCCAUAUUGCUCGGCGAGUCUUUGAUGGGGUGCCAUCACCAGAUAGCGUUUCAUGGACUGCCAUGAUCAUGGGUUAUGCUUUGCAUGGGCCAGCACAAGAAGCUCUAUCACUUUUUCAGCGAAUGGAGACCGAGAAUGGGAAACCUAAUCAUGUGGCCUUUGUGGCAGUCUUGACUGCUUGUAGCCAUGCUGGUCUGGUUGAUGAAGCCUGGGGUUAUUUCCAUAGAAUGUCUAAUGAUUAUGGAAUUAUUCCCAGGUUGGAGCAUUAUGCAGCAGUUGCUGAUCUUCUUGGUCGAGCUGGGAAAUUAGAGGAAGCCUAUGAUUUUAUUUCAACCAUGCACAUAAAACCUACUGCUGGUGUCUGGUCCACCUUACUGGGUGCUUGUCGGGUUCAUAAGAAUGCUAAAUUAGCUGAGAAAGUGGCUGCAAAAAUCUUUGAUAUCGAACCCAAGAACAUGGGGUCUCAUGUUCUCAUGUCAAAUAUCUAUUCAGCUGCAGGAAGAUGGAAUGAGGCAGCCAAAUUACGAAUGACCAUGAAGGACAAAGGCAUGAAGAAACAACCAGCUUGUAGCUGGAUCGAAAUAAAGAAUGAGUUACAUGCAUUUGUAGCACAUGAUACGUCUCACCCAUGUUACAAUAAGAUAAUCAACGCUCUCAAAGUUCUGUUGGAGCAGAUGGAGCGAGAAGGUUAUGUACCCAACACGGAGGACGUGCUUCAUGAUAUUGAAGAAGAGCAGAAGAGAAAUAUGUUAUGCGGUCACAGUGAAAGGCUUGCAAUAGCAUUUGGCAUCAUAAGCACUCCUCCUGGAACAACCAUCCGAGUGACAAAGAAUCUUCGAGUAUGUGUUGACUGCCAUACGGCAACAAAAUUUAUUUCGAAGAUUGUUGGAAGGGAGAUAGUUGUGAGGGAUUUGAAUCGCUUCCACCAUUUCAAGGAUGGGGAAUGUUCAUGCGGGGAUUACUGGUAGAUCAGAGUAGGGAUGGGAUUGUUAGCCAUAGAAUUUGUCUUGGAAGUGGCCCUUCUCUGAUGCUUUAUGCAAUACUAACCGAGGACCAAGAUGUGAAAUGCAUGGUUUGGAAUUCGCACGAAGAUGACCUUGGAUGCAUCCCAGAUUCUGCUGCUUGAGCAAGGAUAUUUUCUUCAUUUUGGCUUAUGUUUUCGUUCAUGCCUAAGUGCUUCUUUGCCCAAAUUUCUUCAGCCCGUUGGUUUUAAGAAGUGGUCAUGAUCAGAUUCAUGAUUUUAAGGUCCAUUCGUGGACUUUGACAGAAAUUGUCACCCAAGCGGUGCAUCUCUUCCACUAUGGGAUUCAGAAGGUCAACAUCACAGAGAAGGAAGGGCUACAAUUUGCUCAGGUCCUCUUCAUGAACUUGACAUGGUUUGGAGCUCAAACCUAGGAGAAGGAAGAUGAAAGGUGUGGAAACAAGAGGAUACACCUAGGAUUUAUUUAAUUGACAUGGCAUUGGCAUAAUCUUACAGGUUUAUUUGGCAAAACCAUGGUAAGAAUCCGAUGAUACUCCUCGUUGUUGUUUUUCGACUUGUUAUGCAGUAUAUAUUUAAAAGUUAAAAAGAUGCAUCUGACCAUAGUUUUUAGCUGCGUCUCGGUUGGUCUGGAUCGACACAUCAAACACUACAGGCUUGCACAAGGUGGAGAUAAAUUGGAGGAAAUGAUUGACGAAUUCCUUCUCCCCUUCAAUAUUUUUACUAGAGUGCUUCGUGUUGCGUGAGUAAAGGUUUUUACAAACAGCUGCUUGUUUUUGGAUGCUUUGUUAUGUGAUCAUCCUUAGCAAAUAAUGUAUCCAUUUCUCAUUCUUAAAAACUUUUAUUAUUUUA